AUGGGCUCUUGCGUCUCUAAAAACAGCUCGACUCGUGUUUCACGGCCUUCUGCUCUCUCCGCCUCGAAACAAACAGCGGCCAACGCACCUCCCGGAGCGGCAGGCGACGAUACUUCUGCGACGGCUGCAGCGGAGGAAGCCACGAAGAAAUCUCCGGCGAGUGGCCGGGGCGGAAAGGUUUUCUGUGAAGACGAAGUGCUCUCGGAAUUUCUGGAAGAUCAGGAAACUCUCCCAGGAAGCGCCGGCGCGGGUGCGACGCGUGGUCGCGACUGGGGCGGAGACACGCCGCGCUCGCGGAACCCGGGUCUCGGGCGGCCAGAUGGCAGUUGCACAUCCUCUUGCUCUCCGCGCGCAGUAGAAAAGGAACGGGCUCCUGUGACAGCGCGCAGCGGCGGAAAUGACUGGCGCUCUCCGUGUGCAGCAGAGGCCAGAGCUAGGCGCCGCGGAGGUCCCCGAGGCAGACUCCUUUCCCCUCGAUCGCCUCGCGUCUUCUCGCGUAGGCCGUCCUCUCGAGGCCGGUCGCGCAACAAGUUGCGAGGCAAGAAGGACAGCGAGGUGCACAAAGGAAAACUCAUCGCGGAUUCGCUCUCCUGCCUUGAUUCGUGGGAAGCGUCAUUUCUGCCUUCAGAGCGGCUCCGCGGAGAGCCUUUAACGCGGUUCGACACGGCGCGCAGCUGUCGGCGAGUGGAGCCCGGUCUGCUGGAGAAUCCUAAGUUCGCGUCGUUGCCUCCCACUCGAGGCGCCUCGCACUCGCCUUCUCCGCUGCUCGAGUUGCCCCUGGAGGCGCGCUGGACAGGAGGGGGGGUAGAACGAAGUUCCGAACGGUCUUCGGCGUCGCGUGCCUUGAGAUCUGCGUCGGACGCUUGCCGCCGCAGAGACAGGCACGACUCGCCGCUGAGGCGGUUUUCCUCUCUUCGUGAUUCUCGAGAGUUAUCAAGGAUUGAGAGAAGACCGGGCGAGGCGUCUCCGUCCUCUCAAUGCGCGGGGUGGCGCGGCGAGGAGAAUGACCCCAGCGCGCGUCACCCUCUUCUGCCUCGCCAUUCUUUCUCCUUGCCUCGCGGCGGACGCGUCUCUGCGGAACGCGAGCAGGCGCGUGAGAGCUGCUUGAGCGGGGGGGACGUCCGCGACUGCCAAGGCUUUGUCUCGGCGUCAGAGGCCAUCUGGAAAGAAGAGGUUGUGCAGGCGCCAACAGAGCCCGCCCCGCAGGCCUCGUUAUCUGAGAACGGUCAGGCGGUUGAGGCGAAGACGAGCGAGCCGAAGGAACUGGGUGAAGCGCUCUCUCAGGCGAACUCAGGAAUGCCGACCUCCUCGGAAGUCGCUCCGCCGCUCAACUCCGCCGCCGGCGACAAACGCGAGGCGCUUGACCAAACUCACGCUGAACACGGCGAAAUACACAAAGAAAAACAUGGAGGGGAUCGCAAGCCUGCGCAGAAGGCCAUUCUGCAGCAAGAUGAUUCGCACAAAGAGGAAGAAGCGCUUAGCGCGCAUCUUUCCUACCGCGAGAAGACGCCUUCGGACUUUGCGUUGAUUCGCGACAGUCUGAAAGCGAACCUCGUUUGUUCAUCUCUGAACGAAGGCGAAAUCGACGCGCUGGCGGUCGCUAUGCAGUUCUUCACUUUCAAGAAGGGAGACCUCGUGACCAAACAGGGAGAGCCUGGAAGUUAUUUUUUCAUCGUUCACAGUGGCGCAUUCGACGUGUUGGUCAACGACAAGCGGGUGAACGUAAUGGACAAAGGCAAGGCAUUCGGCGAAAUCGCGCUGAUUCACAACACGGAGCGGUCUGCGACCGUCCUCGCGAGCUCCGUGGAGGGCGCCCUCUGGGGCGUGCAGCGCCACACCUUCAGAGAGACGCUGAAGCAGCUGAGCAGCCGCAACUUUGCAGAAAACAGGCAGUUUUUGGCCUCGGUGAAGUUCUUCGAAAUGCUGACGGAGGCGCAGAAGAACGUCAUCACAAACGCGCUGGUAGUGGAAAACUUCAAGGCUGGGCAGCCGAUCGUCAAGGAGGGCGACGCCGGAGACGUCCUUUACAUCAUCAAGAGCGGGCGCGCCAUGGUUUCCAUCGGCGGAAAGGAGAUCCGCAUGCUCAAGAAAGGAGACUACUUUGGCGAGCGAGCGCUGCUCUACAAAGAGCCGCGGAGCGCGACGAUUACGGCGGAGGAAUUCACAGUCUGCGUGUCCAUUGGGCGCGAGUUGUUGGAUCGCGUGUUGGGCAACCUCCAACACGUUCUAUUCCGAAACAUCAUGGUGGAAGCCCUGCAGCAGAGCAAGGUUUACGAACUCUUCCAGGGCGACCAACUGAGCAAACUAAUCGAGGCCGCGGUGGUCAAGGACUACGCCCCCGACUACGUCAUCCUCGAUAAAGAAAAUAAAACAAAAGGCGUGCGUUUUUUCUUCGUCUUGGAGGGCGAGUUGUCGGUGUACGCGUAUGUGCAAAAUGUGGCAACGAAGGAGGAAGAAAAGAAGCUCAUCGCGACACUGAAGCGCGGUCAGGCGUUUGGCGAGGAGUACGUCCUCAACCCCACUCGCGCGUUCAACCACUUCGUGAAGAGCGUCGGCCCCUGCAAGCUCGCGCUGUUCACGUCCUCCGUUUUGACCGCCACGCUGGGCGGGGAAGACAUCGAUGAGACGCUGGACUUCAACAACAAGCGCGCCAUCAUCCGGAAGAUGUACAUCUUCCGCUAUCUCUCGGAUCAGCAAAUGACUAUGCUCAUUAAAGCCUUCAAAACUGUUCGGUAUAUGUCUGGGGAAUACAUCAUCAAGGAGGGCGAGCGCGGCACGCGAUUUUUCAUCAUCAAGGCGGGGGAAGUCGCGAUUUUGAAGAACAACAAGCGGCUGCGGACGCUCGGCCGGCAUGACUACUUUGGCGAGCGCGCGCUGCUGUACGAUGAGCCGCGAACAGCCUCAGUCUGCGCGAACUCCGCCGAAGUGGAUCUCUGGGUUGUUGACAAAUCUGUGUUCAACGAAAUUAUCAAGGGGCCUAUGCUUGCUCACUUGGAGGAGAGAAUUCGCAUGCAGGACACUAAAGUUGAGUUCCAAGAUCUUCAAGUCGUCCGGGUGGUCGGAAGAGGAACGUUCGGAACUGUCAAGCUUGUGCAGCACGUCCCCACCAACAUCCGCUACGCGCUCAAGUGCGUGUCGAGAAAGAGCGUUGUCGCGCUCAAUCAGCAGCAGCAUAUUCGCCUGGAGCGAGAAAUCAUGGCCGAAAAUGAUCACCCCUUCAUCAUUCGGCUAGUGAGGACAUUCCGCGACAAGGAGUUCCUCUACUUUUUGACGGAGUUGGUGACGGGCGGCGAGCUUUACGACGCGAUUCGCAAGUUGGGUCUGCUGGCGCGCUCCCAGGCGCAGUUCUACCUCGCCUCGAUUGUUCUGGCCAUUGAAUACCUGCACGAGCGCAACAUUGCCUACCGAGACUUGAAACCCGAAAACAUCCUCCUCGAUAGUCAGGGCUACGUGAAGCUCAUCGAUUUCGGAUGCGCAAAGAAAAUGCAAGGCCGUGCCUACACACUCGUCGGCACGCCGCACUACAUGGCCCCCGAAGUCAUCCUCGGAAAAGGAUAUACGCUCACAGCAGACACAUGGGCGUUUGGCGUCUGCCUGUACGAGUUCAUGUGUGGCCCUCUGCCGUUCGGAAACGACGCCGAGGACCAACUGGAGAUUUUCAGAGAUAUCUUGACAGGAAAACUCGUUUUUCCUCACUACGUCACAGACCAAGAUGCGAUUAAUCUGAUGAAGCGCUUGCUGUGUCGUCUUCCCGAGGUCCGCAUCGGGUGCUCUAUCAACGGCUACAAGGACAUCAAGGAGCACGCGUUUUUCGGCGAUUUUGACUGGGAUAAGCUCGCAGGGCGCGGCCUUCCUCCGCCGCUCGCACCGAAAGGCGAAACCUACGCGGAAGACACCGAACAGGGUUCUUUCGAGUUGGACGAGGACGACACGAUCGUGUUGGAAGAUGAGUACGACUGGGAUAAGGACUUCUGA